UGCAAUCUGUUUUGUGGUAAACUACUUACCGAGCUACUUGGCAACAAAUUUUGGCGAGUGACAAACAAGUUAUCUGAAGGAAUGUUACGGUCCUACUCUUUACCCUUUAACUACAAUGUCAUGUUUCUGCUGUUUUUUUCACAGAAAUUCUCCCCGUGCAGUUUGCGCACGAUUGGCGCCACUCUCGCCGUGCGAGCACCCAUAUGUUUCGUCAGCUCUUCCGAGGCUACGUUGGGUCGCUGUGGGAAUCGGCGACUAGAUCCGGGCGAAGAGUGUGAUGCCGGUGCGGCGGUGAACAACGCCUGUUGCACACCGGUCUGUAAACUUCGACCUGGAGCUCAAUGCUCCCCGUGGAAUCAUGACUGCUGUACUUCAGGCACGUUGAAUCGAUGUCGACUUGUUCUUAUACUGGAUAUUGCCACUGGCACCAUCUCUUAUUUGGAUGGUGCACACUUUAUCGGAUGCAGUUUAUAUAACCAUUGCACCAUGUACUUCUGUGCGUCAGUUUUGUUUCUGUCUUUGAACGACAUAGUUUCAAAAGGGAUUGCAGAGAAGAACAAAAAAGCUGAGAGCUGUACUAAGGUAGAC